GCGGGCGUGGGAGGGGGGCCCGAGGGGAUUAUUUUCUCUGCAGCCCCCAUCUCCCCUGGUUAGUUGGAAUCAAGCUGUGGAGGCGGAAGGAGCCUGAAGUCAACGCUUCCGCCCAGUUUUCCUGCGAGGAGGCGGUAGGAGGACAGCGCGGGGCUACGGCUAAUGGAGUUGGUGCUGCUGGGGACGGAGCGCGGCUGCUGAACUUAUCGCCGGCUCCGGCUGGGGGCUUCUGCCUUCUGCCCCCCCCCGCGGGACGCCCGCUGGCUCCUUCCCCCCAUUCCCCCUCUCCUCGCACAAACAGCCGUGACGCAUCCCGCCGCCCCAUCCCCCCCCGGCUGCCUCACAGCGCCUCCCCGCUCCACCCCCAUCCCCCGGCUUCUUCCCUGCUUGGGGCUGUUGCUCGCUAGGGAGGGGUGGGUGAUUUGCCCCCCGCCCCUUCCUUCCCCCUCGGAUCGCAGCCGCUGCUGUUCGGAGGAAUUUCUGCCGCGGCGGCUCCCCUCCCUGCUGGCCCGGGGCGCGCUGCGAGGGGAGAGCGCGCUCGGCGAGGAGGAGGGCACUGAAGGGAGCUGCAUCGGGAGAUGAGCUGCAGCAGGAGGACGGCGGCGUGGAGUUCGCUGCAGCUAGGAACCUUCCUCUUCCACCAGCGCCAGCCUGUUCCCGUUAAAGACCAGAGGGGCUGCGGCUACCAGCCUCGCUGAGGCAGGGGGCUGCGCUCCAGCGCCGGACAGCAAAGUCCUUGCGGCUCUCGGAUAAAAGGCUCGCCCCCUGCCCCUGCAGCCUUGAGAGCGAUUCUCAUUGAGGAGGCAGAGCUGGGGGUUAACAAUGGUGAGGUUUCUGGUGAGUUCCUGCUGCGCCCUGGCUGCGUCGGUGCUGCUGCUCCAUCUCGGUGUCGGAUCACGGUGAGGAGAAAAUGAGCGAAGAGACGGCGACUUCUAACAACGAUAAUAGUUAUGCAAGAGUGCGAGCUGUGGUGAUGACCCGGGAUGACUCAAGUGGUGGAUGGUUACCACUUGGAGGGGGUGGACUAAGCUGUGUUACGGUCUUCAAAGCCAUUCAUCAAGAAGAGAACAGUUGUGCUGAUUUUCUUAUCCAUGGAGAACGACUCAGGGAUAAAACGGUGGUUUUGGAAUGUACGUUAAAGAAGGACCUCAUUUACAACAAAGUUACCCCAACUUUUCACCACUGGAAGAUUGAUGACAAGAAGUUUGGCCUUACAUUUCAGAGUCCUGCUGAUGCACGAGCAUUUGACAGAGGCAUCCGUAGAGCUGUAGAAGAUAUCUCUCAAGGUUGUCCAUCAUUGCACAGUGAUGCUGAAGUGGCUGAAGAUGACUUUCAAGCAAUUCAAGAAGAUACUUCCAGUUCAUUAAAAGAUCAGCUUUUCCAACAUGAAACUGUAGUAACCAGUGAACCUUAUAAAAGUCCAAAUAUAAGGCCCUCAACGUUUGAGGAAUUGAACUCUAGAAGAGCCUACUUUCCCAGCCAACCCAAUCAGGUCCCAUUGAAAUCAAUCAGACACGUCAGCUUUCAGGAUGAAGAGGAAAUUGUUAGAAUAAAUCCUCGUGAUAUUUUAAUACGUCGUUAUGCAGACUACAGACAUCCUGACAUGUGGAAAAAUGAUCUGGAGAGGGAUGAGGCGGACUCCAAUAUACAGUUUUCUAAGUCCGACAAUAAAAAAUCGGACUAUCUAUAUCCAUGUGUGGAUGGGACUAAGCUGAAUUCACUAAAAGACCCGAAGAGUUCUGUGGUAUUUAAAACACAACCUUCCUCGUUAAAAUUUAAAAAGUCAAAAAGAAGGAAAGAGGAUGGUGAGCGUUCUCGCUGUAUAUACUGCCAGGAGAGAUUUAAUCAUGAAGAGAAUGGCAGGGGAAAAUGUCAGGAUGCUCCAGAUCCUAUUAAAAGAUGCAUAUACCAAGUUAGUUGCAUGCUUUGUGCAGAAAGCAUGCUAUAUCACUGCAUGUCAGAUUCUGAAGGAGAUUUCUCUGACCCCUGCUCAUGUGACACUAGUGAUGACAAGUUCUGCUUACGAUGGUUAGCCCUGAUAGCUUUGUCAUUCAUUGCCCCAUGUAUGUGCUGCUACCUCCCCUUGAGAGCAUGCCAUCACUGUGGUGAGGUGUGUGGGUGCUGUGGAGGAAAGCAUAAAGCUGCUGGAUGAACAGUCUAGUGCCAAAUAGAGCUGAAAAUCUUUGUUUCCAGGAAGCAUCUAUCUUGGAUUUGUGGAAGCUUUUGGCAAGCAGAAGGAAAUCUUAUCUCGUGUAAGAGAAGCCUGAUGUGGAAGAAGCAGCGAGACUUGUCAGACCUUAGCAUUUUACAAAUGCUAGCUGCCAUGCCUAACUAUUUCCUUUCAGUGCAUGGUGUUUCGUUGCAAGUUGUGAAGGAGUUUGGAAAAGGAAGCCUUUUCUUAUUAUUGGCUAUAAAAUGAGUAUAUAAACUGCAGUUAUACUAAAAGGGAUUAACUUUUGCCAUUUUGUACAUUCAUGGUUUAGGUGUUGGGGCUCUUAAAAGAAUUACAAAUUAUUUGAGAGGAAAUUAAAAGUGCACUAAUGACAGUUGAUUUAAGACUAAGAAAAGUUAAUACUUGGCAAAUCAGAAAUGAAACUGAUUUAAGUGCAACUAAAUCACUUAUUAAUAGAUUUUUGGAAGCAACUUUAUAUAUAAAUAACAAAUGUUUAUAUUUAACUAAAUGUGUAAGGUACGAAUUAUUACAUAUUAAACUUUCCUUCCCCCUUCCAGUUAUAUAGUAGGUAUGAAUCAUAUCUACAAUCACAUUCCAUGAUAGUAUUUUAAAUAUUUAAUUAGUUUAUUUAGUAGCAUUUCUAUUCCAGAUGGACAAAUUGGUAUUUUCAGUCCUAUUUCCCAUCAGCUACAGUUUGUAUUGAGUUGUAUCCAUGCAUUCUGGUAAUCUCUAAAAACCUUUUAAAAUAUUAAUUAUUAUAGUCUUGAGUGACCAAUAUUUUUUUGUUAAGCACAGAUGUAAUUGUCUAAAAUGUUCUAAUAAGAACACGUUUAUUUUUCUAUAUAAAUGACUUUGGUUUCAAUAAUAUAGCAAAAAGGAAGUUGUUUUCUGUUACUGAACCAGCAAGUUGUUUUCUUUUGGGGUGUCUUCCAAAAAAGAUUUUACUGCAUUUACAAAUGUUCAGCAAAGCAAAAGGUCCAAUAAGGGAGUUGCAAUGGUAUCUCAACAGUGUUCUCAGUUUAUCCUUCUGCUAAGAUUAUGUUCAACUGUUUAUCAAGUACAAUGAUUAAACUGAAAGAUUAAUAAUUAACAAACAUUGAAAUUGUUUUAUUAUUUUGAAUUGUAGCAUCUUUUUUAUUUAAACUGGCAAGAAUAAAAUUAUUCUGUUUAAAAAAAAAAUUAACAACUUACAGCCCCUGCAAAAUUGGAAUAAAUGUGUGUGUGUGUGUGUGUACACAAAAUGUAUAUAAAACUGGCCAUGGUAUUAUAUUACUAAAUGUUUAAUUUACAGAGCAAUUGGUCAAGUAUUCUAACUGGUUAACUGUUAGAGAAUCUUUAAACAGAUAGUGGUCAUGACUCUUCUUACAUGGUACAACAAAAUACAUUCACUCAUAAUGUUUAUUGUCAUGUUAAAAUUCUAACAGAAGUAAAGGUAUUCAUUCAUUUAGAAGAUAUCCCAAUAAGGUUGGAGUGGGAAGGAAUGUCCCUUGUACACUUUUCCUAUAAAAAGUUGCAUAGUUGAUUUUUUUUUAAAUAACCUUAAUUUUCUAUGCAUUUUUCUCUGUGUGGGUGUAUGUAACUUUUCUUUCUUACAUAUAUUAAAGCUUUUGUUAGUUCUCUUCCGUAGUCCAGGAAUCAAAUUCUGAACAAAUGUAUAUAACACUAUCUGUCUGUAAAAUACUUUUUUAAAGAAAACAUUUAUAUUUAUAUGACAGCUCAAAUUGACAGCAUUGUGUACAUAGAGCAUCUUGAAGUAUUAUUUCACAUUGAAAAGAAGACAAAUAUAUUGAUAACUGUAGAAGUUAUGAAAGAGCUUCUAGUUUUGUACUAAAAAUUGAUUGGAUGAACUAAGUCCAAGAAUAUGACACUGUAGCAGCAGUCUUAAAUAUCGUUUUUACUGUUUAUAUAUUUGAAAGCUGCUACUCUGGAUGAUUUUCAUGCUUUACGUGUUUUCAGAUAAACUUGAUUGCCUAGAAUAGACUGUUACUUAAACUAUUCAUUAGUGAAAUGGGAAUGUUUUCCUUGUGAAUAAAAAAUAUUUGUAAGUGCUAGGUUUUUAACAAGAUUGAGCGAGGUAUGAACAACCUAAGAAAAAAACUUGCUGGCUGUAUAGGAAAAUACUGUAGAAUUGCAUUGUGUAUAUACUUCUGGAAAAAAUGAGUUUAACAAUUUCCUCUGAGCACUAUUCAGCAUAGUGCAACUCCUGGUCCUGUACUGUAUUUUAUAUGCAACAUAUAUGCUUUAAUAUUUUUACUGAAUGUGUGCAGUAAUAUUUUCAAUUCGCAUUUAACCACUUUGCUGCUAAAAUUUUGUCCCCAUCCUUUCCUUUACUCUUUUAAAAAAAUUGAUCCAUUUGAAAAAAAAAAAAAACAAACCUUAAUGUCGUUAUCUUUUUUCACCAUGGGUCUUUCUAGCAGUUCACCCAGUUUAAGACUAAUUGAAAGAAUUACCAUGAUUGUACACUGACACAUGGGUUGGAGGUAGCAGAGCACAGAGAGGCAUACAUCUCUGUACUGUUUGGGUUCUUACUCACUUUUGGAGGCACUUUCUGAGUAUCCAAAAAUAGACACUUUGCAAAACCAUUCAAGGACUGUCCCUUGCAUCCCACUCCUUGUCUGUGGCAGUGUUAAGUGACAUUUAACUUUCCUUCUGAAAUCUUUUCUCAAGUUUUUGAAAGGGAAGAGGGAAACUUAAUACAAUAUUUUUUUCUGAAAAGUCAGAAGUCAAAUUUUACUCAUGUGACUUUGUAACAGAGCUCUGUGCUGCCAUAUGGGAGACCUAAGUUUUAGGAAACAGCCAUAGAAGAUUCACUUUCCUGGCAUGGUGAACUCUACAGUUAUGAAAAGAAAGCAUUUAGUCUCCUGGGGAAAGAGGUCAACUGUAGCACUUGGGCACCACCUAUUGGAAAAACUAAAGGCAAGCAUGAUUACGUAGCCCAAUCAUGUAUUGUAGCUAUAUUCCUGUACAAAUUGCCUGCUAAAUACAACAGUACAUUGUUUGAGGUAUGAAUUUAGUAAAAACUAUCCUUAACUGGAAGUUGGAAUAAGAACCCUUACUCUGAUUCCUGAGAUCUUAUGCCUUUUAAAUGUUUCUAUUACAGCUGACUUUAAAAAUAAAAUGUUUGCUACAGUACACAUUUACAAAGUGGACCAUAGAUUAUAUGAAAUGAGCCUACAAUAUAGAAGUAUGAGUCGCUAAAAUCAUGCUUGAAAAAAGUGUUCUACCAGUGGACCUCCAAGAAUAACUGGGUUGGGUUUUUUUGCCUUUGUUUGGGGUUUUUCUAUUUCCAAGAUGGUGGUACAAAACACUUAUGUAGAUAGAGAAAUUUAAUUCUUUGAGUAACUUUUUUUUUAAACAAGCAUGAAGAAGCACACCAUCAACUCAACAGUGGUGAAGUGGGGUGCCUAUAAUCUUCUAAGCAAGAUUAAAACAAAAUACUGAGAAACCUCUGGUAAGUAAUUGUUUGUAGAACAGCACAGUAAAUGGUUGCAUAAAAUUCACAAGUGUCCAGCACGAGUUAUGCUCUGGAUAAACUAUUUCAAAGAAUGCGUAGAUUUUUGCAUGUUGAAAUGUAGCACUCCCAUUUCUGACUUGGUCUCUUUUGAAUGAUCUUUCCAUGUGUACUUAGAGGAUAAUGUUGAAAACCCUCAUGUAAAUAAUGCACAAUUUUUAAAUUGGACUUUACAUUUUCACAGAAUUUACACCACUGUAUGUGGACAGUACAGUGAUGCAUACAUAUUCAUUAAAGAAAUAUCAAGAUAAGGAUUACCAGAGGGGGGAGAGAGCCUUAUGGUACUAGUAGUCAGCAGCCAAGUGGUUAAAACUUCCAUAUGCUUUGGUGCACUGAUAAACGUAAGCAUUUUUUUCUUAAAGCUUCUUAAAUUGCAAACGUUGUUGUUAGUUUUGAGGUUUCUAAAGCAUUACCUAGUGGAGAAACAGUUGUAUUUGAAGCUACAGUAUAAUCUGUACAUAGAUUUUCAUUCGUGAACACUGCCACUUCUUUUGCUUAGUGCCAUUUGAUUUCCACCUAACGACCUCAAAAAGUGCCUCACUUGUAUAUUAUUUCCAUUAAAAUCUUAACAGCUAUUUCUUUCUACUAAAUAAUGUAUGAUUUAGUUUCUCAUGUCAUAGAUGUAUUUCUUCUAUGUAUAAGAAUAUAGCUUGUUACUUUUGAAUAUAUAAUGUAAAUACGCAUAUACAAGUUUGUAACUGUUUUGUUACAUCAUACACUUGUAAGCUGACAUCAGAUAAUAUCAUACAACAGUUUGAAUGUUUUUCUGCAAUUACCUGAUUAAAACUAUCAUGAAAUUAAA